AUGAGCAACGAAACUCCAGAUUCACCUCCAUCAUAUGACGAUGCAACCUCUAUGCCUGGCCGUCGACCACCACAUCCCCGACCAACACCUGAACUUGUUCACACGAUUGACAUCAAAGUUCCUCGUGCAUCUCCCUCAUCGCCGCUACCAAUCCCCUUCCCUGCCGACGAAGAAUCUUGGACGUCAGCACGCGAUGUCAAACACGACGAUUGGGCGCGAUUCGUAUCCAAUCUUGCCGACGCGCGGGCGACAAAAGCCGAGAAGAAAGACGCUGAUGAAGGCGAGCCGUCGGAUGAGCAGGUCCAGCGUAUGCGCGAGGCCCUUGGCUUGUGGAACUACAACUUUUUCGAGCCUCGAGGCUGCAGGAUACAAGCUGCUGGGUUUGAGGAAAUGAGACAGACGGAGGAGACGGAACAAAAAUCCAUGUUUAUCUUUGGAAAGGAGGGCAUUGGGUUUAGGACGUCCAGCGGAGGAAUUAUUGGCAUUGCGUUCCCCCAUGGAAAUGCUGGUUGA